GGUCGGCGGGGGCGGCGGAGUGAGGCGGCGGCGCUCUCGUCACUCGGCCCCUUUUUGUGUCGGCGCCUCGCGGAGGGAGCAUCGCGCGCGGAGCCGCCCGCCACCGAGGCCGCCUCUCCCCCCACCGCCGCCAUGUCCAAGAACGAGUCUCCCAAGGAGCCCGAGCAGCUGCGCAAGCUUUUCAUCGGCGGCCUCAGCUUCGAAACGACAGACGAAAGCCUCCGCAGCCACUUCGAGCAAUGGGGCACCCUAACUGACUGCGUGGUGAUGCGAGACCCAAACACCAAGCGCUCGCGAGGCUUCGGCUUCGUCACGUAUUCCUCGGUCGAAGAGGUCGACGCCGCCAUGAACGCCAGGCCGCACAAAGUCGACGGCAGAGUUGUUGAACCAAAGAGGGCCGUGUCCAGAGAGGACUCGCAGCGGCCCGGCGCCCACCUCACAGUCAAGAAGAUCUUUGUGGGCGGCAUAAAGGAAGACACGGAAGAGCAUCACUUGAGAGACUAUUUCGGCCAGUACGGCAAAAUCGAAGUCAUCGAGAUCAUGACGGACCGCGGCAGCGGCAAGAAGAGGGGCUUCGCUUUCGUCACCUUCGACGACCACGACUCCGUCGACAAGAUAGUCAUUCAGAAAUACCACACUGUGAACGGGCACAACUGCGAGGUGAGGAAAGCCCUCUCGAAGCAGGAAAUGGCCAGCGCUUCGGCCAGCCAGAGAGGCUGUCCCCCUCCGCCCCCUCUCCUAGGCCGCAGCGGCUCCGGCAACUUCGGCGGCGGCCGCGGAGGCGGCUUCGGCGGUAACGACAACUUCAGCCGCGGCGGCAACUUCGGUGGCCGUGGUGGGUUUGGUGGCAGCCGCGGUGGCGGUUAUGGAGGCGGUGGAGACGGCUAUAAUGGAUUUGGCAACGACGGUUACGGUGGCAGCGGCCCCGGCUACUCCGGCGGCAACAGAGGCUACGGCGGCAGCAGCACCUACGACGGUUAUAACAACGGAGGCGGCGGCUUCGGCGGCGGCAGCGGCGGCAGGCGUCCCGCGCGGGGGCCGGCGCUCGCCGUGCGGAACGGCCUUUCCGAAGCCGGGACGGGCAGCAACUUCGGAGGAGGUGGGAACUACAACGAUUUCGGCAGUUACAACAAUCAGUCGUCCAAUUUCGGCCCCAUGAAGGGGGGCAACUUCGGGGGCAGGAGCUCGGGGCCGUACGGAGGCGGCGGCUACGGCAGCUCGAGCGGAGGCGGCAGCUACGGCGGCGGCAGGAGGUUUUAACGCCCAGGAAACAAAGCUUAGCAGGAGAGAGGAGAGCCAGAGAAAGGACAGGGAAGCUGCAGGUUACAACAGUUGUGAACUCAGCCAAAUCACAGUUGUGGCAGGGGGUAGCUGCUACAUGAAGACAUGUAUUAGACAAAAGUCUCCUUUGCGAACAGGACUGUAUUUGUGACUAAUUGUAUAACAGGUUAUUUUAGUUUUCUGUGCCGUGGAAAGCAUUCCUACGAGGGCUCCCGGGAGCCUCGGUUUUAUUUGCGCACCCGUGCUGUCGAUUGCUAACUGUAACAGAUCAUGACGCUGAAUAAAUGUGUCUUUUUUUUUUU